GAACGGAGCAGCUUUCGUCCUUGGGAACUGCCAUCGGGCGUCGAGACGCAAGCAGCAUGAGCUGGUUCAAGAACAAGAUGAGGGCCGCCGCCUCCAUGGUCGCGCAGGCCGCGGAGGCCGUCGCGCCAUCGUUAAAUCUCACCAUGGCGCUCUACAAGACGCCGGUCGAGGAGUUUCACCAUCGGUGGCAGAUCAUUUCGCUCUUCCUCGAGGCGGUCAUAGCGGAAGACCUGCCGGAAGCGCAGCAGAAGAAGCAGCUCACUGACUCAAACACGCGCGAAAACCUUGCCAAGCUGGUCAAACUGCUGUACGCCGAGGAAGAUGCGCUCGAUCGCCAGGUGCACGACCGCGAUACGCCCAUUGACCAGCGCCCGUGCAUGGAGUACCUCCUCGAGCACAAUGUGAUUCAGCAGCUCUGCGCCAAGGCAGCCGACGAUUCGCCAAGCGGCCUCAUGGUGCUCGUCAUUAUCUUCCUCACCGACCUCCUCCGCGAGUCCAAGAUCAACUACCCGAUCUUGCCAACGCGUGGUGUCUAUCGCUCCGUGUGCGAGCUCAUCCAAGGCGCGAUGGUCCGCGAAGUCGAAGACGAGAUGGUCGAGAAGUGCUUGCUCCACUGCCUCCACGCGCUCUGGGUCAAGCUCAAGGGCGACCCGGUCCAGACCGAGUUCUUCUUUAUGCGCAUCUACAAGACGACGACACCCAACGCCGAGCUCGCGCUCUCGCCGACGCGCAUCUCGGAGCUCGUGCUCUUCACCGGUCUCCUCCCGCACAUGUACCGCGCCGGCAAGCUCGGGCUCAAGUGCCGCGAAGGCCUCGCGAUCGCGGCGGGCCUCCAGGAGCCAGGCCUCGCGCGCUUCAUUCUCAAGAUGACGCCGUUCUGCAACUACGCGGUCACGGGGAUCAUCGGCGCCUUUGACGCGCUGCCCAAGACGCUCGGCGUCAAGCACGAAAAGACUUUCCGGUCCAUGGACCUCGACAUGAUCCAGCAGGAGCUCGAUGUCCUCGCGGGCCGCCUCCGCUUCUGCUCGACCUUGGCCAUGGUCGGAACGUUCGAGAUCCUCGACGAAGAGCGGCCCGCGACGCCGCCCAAGGGGCUCCCGGCCUCGGUCCCUAUCACGCGCGUCCGGUCCAUCACGAGUGAGAUCCUUGUGCAGUUCCACGAUCGGUUCUUGGCCGGGCCGUUUCUCGAUGCACUCCUCGAACCGUCCGAAGCAGCGUCGCGCACGGCGCUCGUGUACGCCCGGUCGAUCUUGGACAUGCUGGGCGGGUCGCCCGCCUCGAACCCGCUCCUCCAAGUCUACAUUUCCUUUCUGCUGAGCCACAUGCACGCCAAGGCGGCGCCGACGCCAAUGCCGGUCGUCUCUGCGUCGCACGAGCUAGUGCCGCCGCCACCGAUACUCACGGUCGCGCCAUCCGCCAAGCCGCAACGGCUGCUACAAGAGCUUGUCUACCGGCUCAACUCGCUCUCGGUGCCGUUGAGCGUGGCGACCAUGGAUCUCUUUGCCACGCUUCUCUCGCUGCGCACGACGGUCGUGGAGGACGCGCUCUUGCCGCCGCCGCGUGCGCACACGACACCGGUGCACAUCGUAUGGUUUGCAUCCCGCUUUCCGCACGCGUCGGUGGCCGCCAUCACGGCCAACGCCGCGCUCUGGGCGGCUGUCAAGCAGCACGACUUUGCCGCCCUUCAGAGCUUUGUUACCGACGUCCCGACGUUGGCGGACGGCGAGCUCCUCUCGCUCCUCUCGUACAUUGCCGUCGCCGAGCAGUCGGCGUGCUCGGAAAAGUCCAAGACCGAUACGAGUGACACGGAAGACGAGGACGAGGAUUUCGACGACGACGAUAACGAGAUCGCCGACCGCGUGACGCGCCGUGGGUCCUGGGCGCUCUGUGUGCCGUCCGUGUCGCAGGUGCCGACGCGUGUGCCGUCAUCGCCAUCGCUCGCGACGCUCUUCGAGUCGGUGCUCUUUGGGCGCCUCGAGCGCUGGCUCGACAAUAGUUUGACCGAGAACAUUGCGCUCUCGGGCUUGAUCACGUUGCUCGCGUCCCUCCGACCGCACCUCGUCUUUGACUGGGACCAAGACCUCGAGAAGGGCAAGUCGGUGCGGAGCAUUCUCGAGGACGUCCACCUCGACGCAUGCGCGCGCAUCCAGAGGAUACCGCAAGGCUGGCAGAUGGUCACGGACGUGCAAGCACAGCUCUUGGCCAACGCCAACGUCGACGAAGCCAACAGCGUGCUUGUCGCGUUUGUCGUGCUUGAGGAAGUCUUGAAGGAGCUCGUCGCGCUCCUCGUGGCCCAGGACACGGUCAAGACGCUGCCGCUCAAGCCGGAAGGCUAUUACAUGGAAGCCAAGAAAUCCCCCAAGCGUUGCUCUCUCUCCAAGGUCGAUGUGCGUGGCGACGAGGCCACUUCACUCGACGCGGCCAAGUCUGUAGACGACGAAGAAGACAUGGACAAGCUAUUGGACUCGGCCGCAGAACAGCUGGCGUCCAUCAUGUCGGGGCCGCUCAAGGCGGACGACACCCGACCUCUGGCCAGCGCGGAGUGAUCGAUUGGAGUUGCGUUUUAAUAGAAGAAAAGGCAACGGCUGCGUUAAAACGAACGCUGAAGGUUGGCGCGGU